AAUGGUGCACAGAUUAAAGUCGGACAUUCCUGGGAUCGGAGCACAUCCGACCCAGCACAUUCAGGAGCAGGUCCGCGAUAAAAGACUUGACCUCAGUAAAGUGAUUGGACUGCUCGAGGAUCCUUUGACUACAAACUUAAAGGAGAAGCAUCUUUUUGUCUUGAGGAAACUUCUGAACAGAAACCCGGCGGGUUUCCUUUUGAAGGAGCUGACCGACAUCUCCAGGAUCCUCAGCCUCUGCGCUGAGAAAGCGACAGAUCACCCUGAAUAUGCAUCCUUUCUGUGUGAAGCGCUGAAGAUCUGCAGACUUCCCUUCCUGCAGCAGAAAACAACAGACGAGCAGCACUUCGCUCAGGAGGCCGCAGAGUUCCUCUCCAGCAUCUGUUAUCUGAUGAGGAUCCCAGACCCUGACGUGAGGCGGUGCGUUGUUGAAGCCGUCCAGUCGUUCUUCUGCUCCGGGAUUCCUCCCAAGCCACCUGACGGUCUCCGUCCGACCCGUCCAGGUUACCGUCAGCAGCUUCUGAAGCACAGCGACGUUCCCAAGCUUCUGCUCCUCUCCAUGUCCGGUCUGGAGGACCAACCGUUCAAGCUGCAGCUCCUCCAAACGCUUCAGAUCCUCUCCAGGUCCUCUGAUGACAUCUGCGCUUCGGUCCUGGAUGAACGAGGCGCUGAGAGCAUCUGCCUCCACAUGAAUGAACCCGAUCCGUCCGCCCAGGUUCUUCUCUGCUCCUCGGAGAUCCUCUGGAACCUCCUGGAGGGAGGCAUGAAGGAGGAGGUCAUCGCUCAGCUCAGCAGCUUGGAGUGUGUCCUAUCUCUAAAGGAAUCCUUUUUGUUCCUGCUGGAAAAGGCUUCCCAGCGUUGGGAACGCCAGCUCAGAAAUCAGCUGCUCAUGAUUGCGACUCUCAUCGCUGAGGCUUCGAGCUCCGUGCUCGUCGAGAGCUUGUUCGCCAAGCUGCUCGUGGGUUUGCUGACCUUUCCAGAGCGGAAUCCACCUUACAGCAGCGACGGUCUGCAGCUGAGGCAGCUGCUGCUGAAUCUGCUGGUUUUCCUGUGCAGAGACCCGGCUGCGCUGCAGAUUCUGAGGGAAGAACAGGUGAUGCUCCACCUGCUGAGCCUGGCGAAUCCGGACGGAGACCAGGAGCGGUCGUCGGCGCAGCAGGAGGAGCUGCAGCUGCAGGCGCUGGGCGCCGUCUCCUGCUUGGCCCCGCUCCUGCUGGACGACUACGUGUUCUGUCGCGGAAACACGCAGCUGCUGCUUCUGCUGGACAGGUGCGUCGGAACAGGUGAUUGCUUCAGUCAGGGUUUCCAUGGAAACGGAGGAGGCAGAACGCGGGCUAAGCUGAGAGGUUGCAUCAGAGCUCUGAGGGCCGUGACGUCUCUGGGAGAAGCUUCUGUGAACCAGAACCUGUGUGAGCAGAGAGCCUUCCACCAGCUCCUGGGGGUGUUGAUCCAGUUACAAGCUGGGUGUGAGGAGCAGGAUGUUGUCGUCGUGGAGAUGAUGUCCGAUAUUCAGUGGAUCCUCUCAGAGCUGUGUGAGAGCGACGCACGAGCGAAGGAGCAGUUUGGAUCGGGGGGAGUGGAGAUGGUGGUGAACUUCCUGAAGAGAGGCUCAGAGAAGUUCUACAGCGGUUUGGGUCACAACCGGCUCCUCCUCUCCACCGUGGACUGCGUGUGGUCGUGCGUGGUCGGCUCUGACGCCACGGAGGAUUACCUCCUAGCUAAACAAGGAGCUUCUCUUCUUCUGGACCUACUCAGAGCAAGCCCUCGAUGUGUCCACGGCGUCGUGCUCGCCACCCUGCUGGACCUUUGUGACAACCCAAACACUCGCUCUCAGAUCCUGAGCUGGAGAGACACCGAUGGUCAGACGGCUCCCAGGAUCCUCCUGGAGCUGUGGAGGGAUGAGGAGGAGGAGCUGGGCGUCCUCCGAGACCAGCAUGGACGGAUCAAAGAUCCCAAGAAGCCGAUCCUCACUCAUCUCCAGCAGGAAGUCAGCGGCGGUUCGUCAUUCCCUGCUGACUCACCAAGUGCUGCGGUGCUGGAAGUGUCAGAAAACCUCCGAGCAAAGAUCUACCUCAUCUUCUGCUGUUUGGGAUUCCAGGAGCUUCCUGGACUCUCUGCUGAGGACUUUUUUACUCUGAGCAUCGUCAGGAGAUACCUGAACUUUAAGGUCGGUGAGGUCUGGGACGAGGUCAGCAGAGAACUGGUCCUGGAGGGAACGAGGCUGACCAGCAGCGACGAGGAGGCUCUGAGGUCCAUCUGUGAGACGUCAGAGGAGACAGCCAGGAGGGUCAUGGAGGAACAAUCUGACAUCCUGGAGCAGCAGCAAAGCGUGGAGCUACACGAGGAGAUGGUGGCUUACGCUGAGAUGAAGUCUCACUGGAAGCAACAGGAGCUCACAGCCCAAUCCUGGAAGAACUACGUCUCCAGAACGUCCGCUUACAGCGUCCUGAAGGAAGUCAAGGUUCAGAGGAAGGAACAGGUGGAAUGGAGCCGACCCACACCGGAGGAUGGUGGCGCUGCCGGACCUCCUGCUGAGGAUUUUAUCACCCACUUCCUGUCUGCGGAGAACGGAGACAUCCUCGGACUCAGAGGUCUGAACGUGAAGAUGGCCAGAACCUCCAUCCGACCCGAUCAGAACCAGGAGUCCAGAACAGAAUCCGUGAAACACGGUUCUUCUCCUCCUCGCUGCCGCCGUCGUUCGGCUGAUCGACGGGACGGAGCUCCGUCGAAGCGGGAGCCUCUUCUGUGGUUCUGGAUCCGAACCGGGCCUCUGCAGAACUCACAAGAACCUACAGAAAACUGGAAUCCAACCGUUCUUCCUGAUGGAAACUUCCAGACUAGGCAGAUGUCGGGAGAGGUCCGAGUGCAGCCGCACUGCAGCAUCAUGGAGCCUGUUGCCAUGGCGAUGGCCGCCCUGGGGACAGGCGUGUCGGUGUACAGCGCCAGGCGGAUGGCGAGGAGCGAGACAAGAGCGAAUGUUUGUGGAGGUGGUGGGAGGUUCUGGUCCAAGGAACCCGGAAGUUUCAGGAAUCCUAAGAUUCAGCACGGAAAUGUAGCUCGAUCCGGAACAAAAGAGGAGAAACUAGUUGUGGAGCAUCUGAGAUGGUCGGGUGGAGUUCCGUGGAUGAGGCGCUGCUCUCCAGCUCUGCGUCAUUCUAACAUGACCGGAGAGUUUGUGCGUAAAGGAACCAUGGCCGAGCUCGGAUCCGCCCGGCGCCUCCCGCGCUUCGGGUUCCUCCUGAUGCUGCUUCUCCUCCCGGGUUCAUCCGCCAGGCGGGACCUCUCUGGACCCAACGACACGUGGAGAACUGCAGCCGGAUCCGCGCUGGAGGAACCGCAUCACCGAACCAACGGGUCCGCGACCCACAAGAAGGCGUUUCCCGUCCUGGAUUUCAACUACGAACACGUCCGGAUCCCCUUUGAGAUCUCACUGUGGAUCCUGCUGGCCCUGUUCAUGAAACUUGGGUUUCACAUCAUUCCCAGAGUUUCCCACGUAGUCCCGGAGAGCUGUCUUCUGAUCUUCGUGGGCCUGCUGGUGGGCGGGAUCAUCAAGGCCAUGCAUGACAAGGCUCCCAUCCUGGACACCAAGUUGUUCUUCCUCUACCUGCUUCCCCCCAUCAUCCUGGACGCCGGCUACUUCCUGCCCAUCCGGCUUUUCACGGAGAACCUGGGCACCAUCCUGGUGUUUGCAGUGGUGGGAACGCUGUGGAACGCCUUUUUCAUCGGUGGGAUGAUGUUCGCCAUCUGUCAGAUCGAAGUGGCCCACCUGGGUGGCGUGAGCCUGCUGUCGUGUCUCCUGUUCGGCUCCAUCGUCUCAGCCGUGGAUCCAGUGGCGGUUCUGGCCGUGUUUGAGGAGAUCCACAUCAACGAGCUGCUGUACAUCCUGGUGUUCGGGGAAUCGCUCCUCAACGAUGCCGUCACUGUGGUUCUGUAUCACCUGUUUGAGGAGUUUUCCCACGCCGGAUCUGUGACCAUGGGUGACGCCUUUCUUGGCGUCUUGUCCUUCUUGGUGGUUUCACUCGGCGGUAUCCUGGCAGGCGUCGUCUACGGGAUUGUGGGAGCCUUCACGUCCCGCUUCACUUCUCACUCACGUGUCAUCGAGCCGCUCUUCGUCUUCCUCUACAGCUACAUGGCUUACCUCUCAGCCGAGGUCUUCCACCUGUCGGGGAUCAUGUCUCUGAUUGCCUGUGGCGUAGUAAUGCGGCCUUACGUGGAGGCCAACAUCUCCCAUAAGUCCUACACCACCAUCAAAUACUUCCUGAAGAUGUGGAGCAGCGUGAGCGAGACGCUCAUCUUCAUCUUCCUUGGGGUUUCCACCGUCGAGGGUCCUCACAACUGGAACUGGUUGUUUGUGGUCUUCACCCUGGUCCUCUGCCUCGUGUCCAGAGUGUUGGGUGUGGUCGGUCUCACCUUCAUCAUUAAUAAGUUCCGGAUUGUGAAACUGACCAAAAAGGACCAGUUCAUCGUGGCCUACGGUGGCCUGAGAGGGGCCAUCGCCUUCUCGCUGGGAUUCCUGCUUCCUGAUGACGAGACGAAGCACAUGUUCCUCACCGCCAUCAUCACAGUCAUCUUCUUCACCGUCUUUGUGCAGGGGAUGACCAUCAGGCCUCUGGUGGAGCUUCUGGCUGUGAAGAGGAAGAAGGAGAGCAGAAGAUCGAUUAAUGAGGAGAUCCACACUCAGUUCCUGGAUCAUCUUCUGACGGGGAUUGAAGACAUCUGUGGUCAUUAUGGACAUCACCACUGGAAGGACAAGCUGACCCGCUUCAAUGAGAACUACGUGAAGAAGUGGCUGAUCAGCGGCGAGCGCUCUGCCGAGCCGCAGCUCAUCUCCUUUUACAACAAGCUGGAGAUGAAGCAGGCCAUGAUGCUGGUGGAGAGCAACAGCUCCGCCCGUCUGCCGACCUUCGCCUCCGCCGCCUCCCUGCAAAACGUGCAGCCCAAGGAAGCGGCUCCAAGGCGAGCAAUCCCGAGCAUCUCCAAGACUCGGGAGGAGGAGAUCCGAAAGAUCUUGCGAGCGAACCUGCAGAAGACCCGACAGAGGCUUCGCUCCUACAGCAGACACGACCUGUUCAUGGACCCGUUUGAGGACAACAUGAGCGAGGUCCGCUUCAGGAAGCAGCAGGUGGACAUGGAGAGGAGGAUGAGUCACUACCUGACUGUUCCUGCGAAGCGCCAGGAGACGCCGUCGGUCAGGAAGGUCUGGUUUGAACCAGAACACAAAGUUCACACGUAUGACCUUGACGACGGCGAGAGCCCGGCGGGUCUGUCCUUUCGGCCGAAGCCCCGCCCCCCUGAGGGUGUUGACCUGGUGGACGAGGACACGCCGCAGAACACCAAUCAGGGCACAGCACAGCCAGGUCAGGAGGAGAAGCUGAAGCCGUCUUGCUGCCUCAGCGAUCCCGGUCCGAACACGGAGGAGGAGGCGUGACUCCUUCCUGUCGCUGAUGUUGUGGCGUGAACGGAUGCAGCUUGUUUUCAGCGUGUAAACAUGACUGAAUGGAGCUCCGAAGGAUUAAUUUUGCAUCCAAAGCUGUGACUGAACUGUCAGGAAGCUUGGAGCACCGGAUCGGUGGCGUUGGUCCCGGAAGCACACGGGAAGGAUUCACUUCUGCACACAUCGUUUAGCCAAAGUCUGUAAAACCUCUGCGUGGUUCAUCAGUGUCUCCUCAGGGAUUUCAUGUCCGCUGCUGAGUGAAAACAUGCUUUUCUGUCUCGAGCUUGCUUCAGAGUCGUGUUUCGGUGUGAACAGCAGUCGGAAAUCAGCUGAUCGCGGCUCCAGAUGCUUCCUAACCAGCAGACGUCUUAAAGUUUUAUAUCUCACUGAAAAUACGAGUAUUGUGAAGGAGGGUGUUAAAUAUGAAUGAAAUAAAGCUUUGUUGUUGUUAAAA